AUGCAUUCCCAUCGGAACCCGACCCUGAAAUGCUUCAGUGGCAUGAAGGGGUGUGUUCGCAAACUCGAAUACGACUUUGUGAAGAGACAGGCCCAUCGCGCAUCUCCUCCCAACUUCGGCGCAUACCACUAUCACUUCAGCGGUAAGGAGUCUUUGCCCGAUGAUGAAGACUAUUUCACACACCCACCCCGUCGUGCGGCAUCGCAUCGCCAUGGUGGACAAUACGACUCAGAUCGACCAAGCCGACGACGUCAUCACCACCACCGACGCUCGAGCGGAGAGCACCCUCCAUCCAGCUCGCGAAGGCCAGAACGGCCCAACGGUGGAAGAUCAGGGAUGUCAACUCCUCGCGUCCGAUCGCCAUCGCCACGAACAACUCGUCCGCCUCGCUCAAGAGGUCGAGAUCGCGAAAGUUGGUAUGGCCAUCCACUAAGUCCAGGGAUGGCAGACGGGCCAGUCUUCCCGGAUAUAAUAGACCAUGACCCCCAAACGCACGUGGAAGACCCCGAAACUCCUAAGCCCAAGCACCGAUCUCACAAUCACAACCUGUCGCCCCCUUCUAACUCCCGAGCCCGUCGCCACUCCCACGACGCCUACAUGCGUAAACCAGCACGGGAACUCUCACCCACAACAGCACCACGGCGAAGCUACGAGUCUCGCCCGCAAAGGCCGACAAUGUCGCAUUCCGAAGCAGCUGCAAGAAGUCGCCGCCGAGAAGAUCGUUCUCACUCUCGAACACCCGCAACACCCGACAUAAAAUUCCGCGAAUUUUCCUUCGACGGUCCUGUGCCCGCUCCAGCACCAGACCCACCGCAAUAUACGCAACCCCCACCUCCGCCCCGCGCAGUACCCCGUCACCGUUUCAAUCUUGAGCCCGAGGAUGGGCGCCGGGGCAGUUAUUGCGGCGGAGGCGGCAGUGCGGGAGCGAGUAGACCUAAUAGUGGAGGCAGUGGAUCUGAACGACCCCGUUCCUUUAGUAGUGCGGGCUAUUACUCCCGAUCAUCGCGUUGGACAAGUCCUUCCCGAAACCCUGCGGCGAAGCGUUUCAUACCGACCAGCGUUGCUGAGGAUGGAACUUAUCUGCCUCCGCGGAGACCUAUAUACGACUGA